UGAGUGUACAACAUGAGCUGAUAAUUACGCUUAAUUUGAAUUCAGGUUAAUUUUAUGAGAACUAUAUAUAGUCGAAGUGACGCCAACUUCCUUAAGGGAGGAUUUUAAUGUAAAGUAGAAAUAUACUCUGUGGCUGCAGGGCGUGCAUUAUCUGGAUUACGCGAAUUAAAAGCUGAUCAUCUGGAGAUGAGUUAUUUCCUGGUUGGGGGCUGCAGGAACAAGGAGAACCUGGCUCCUAUAGUACAGAACUUCAUGGAAGUACCUCGCUCACAGUGGGAUUUGAGGCCGAAACAAAGGGCUGUACUAGGAUCUCUAAGUGAAAAUGAUCAGCACAGCAGAUCAUUUGGUCAGGGCACUCUGCACUCCAAGAAUGGAUCGCUUUGGGAUAAUGCAUUCCCUUCAUCCCAGAAGAUGGCUUUUCCUACUUGUCCCUCUACAUCAAACUUUGAAAUCUAUGUGGAGGAACCUGAUGCGAUUGUCCAGUCUGUCCCCAGCACACGACUGUCUGAAGAACCACCGCUGCAAUAUGAAGAGUCCUCCAUGUUGGAGCACAGAGAGUUCUGCCUCUUCUUGGACCUUAGUUCGGCAGGGUCAUGCCAGGAUGCAUCCAUGCAAUCUCAACCAGAGGAUGAAGAGCCCUUGCCACCUCCAGAUUCGCUCGAAUAUGUGAAGGACAUCUAUUGCCACUUGAGGGAGAGUGAGGUCAAGUGCAGACCCAAGCCUGGGUACAUGAAGAAACAACCGGACAUUACCAACAGCAUGCGCGUUAUCUUGGUGGACUGGCUGGUUGAAGUUGGGGAGGAGUAUAAACUGUGCCUGGAGACUCUCUACCUGACUGUGAACUACCUGGACAGAUUUCUCUCCUGCAUGUCUGUCUUGCGAGAGAAGUUGCAGUUAGUGGGGACAGCAGCUGCUCUUCUUGCGUCGAAAUAUGAAGAGAUCUACCCCCCAGAGACUGACGAGUUUAUCUACAUCACCGAUGAAGCCUACACAAAGAAGCAGCUGCUACGGAUGGAGCACUUGUUUCUCAGGGUCCUAGGCUUUGAUAUGACUGUACCUACAACUUAUCAAUUCUUGAGGCAGUUCCUGACUAUUGAAGCAGUCUGUAGUAGAACAGAAAACCUUGCCCUAUAUGUAUCUGAACUAAGCCUGCUGGAUGUGGACCCUUUUCUAAAGCAUCUCCCAUCUAAGGUUGCUGCAGCAGCAUACUGUCUUGCAAACUACACACUUAAUGGGAGACUGUGGCCUGAAUCUCUCUGUGCUUUCACUGGUUACUCUGUACAUGAAAUUGCACCUUGCCUGCAAGAUCUUCACAAGGUGUAUCUUGGUGCAGCUGAUCGACCACAACAGGCCAUGAGAGUAAAGUACAAGAGCUCUAAGUACUGUGGUGUAUCUUUAAUAAGCCCUCCAGACUCCCUCCCAGUGCAUUAAAGGAUUCCACUAGCCCUCCCCGGAAUGGAUCAUGUGAACAAAUGGCACUUAACUUGGCUAAAGUUGAUUUUGUACCCUUGGGACUCCAGGAGAUGACCUGCAAGUGCCUCAGAACUUUUAAUCUUUUUAUUUUUUUACAAUGUUUAUGAUGGUUCUGAGAUGGCUAUCAAAUGAACAAUAAAAUUUUAUCCUAAGUAA